GAUUCAUGUUAAGAGACAAAGUGGCCUUUCUCGUGAAGUCAGCUGCCUCUGAGGAUACCAAUUUUGAUUUUUUGAAAUAUAUCAGGGUCUGUUCUCUUUUUAUUACUCUUCCAAUUUUGUUCCUAAAUAUUUCACUUGCACAAAGUUAAUAUUCACUGUGUAAAUGUGAUAUCAGUAAUUUCUAAUUGUUCAAAUUAGUUGGAAUCCACUCUAUGGCAAGGGGUUUGGGUUUUACUAUUAUUUUUUAAUUAUUCAAAUACAGCAACAGGGACAAACAAGUAUUUCUCCACAAAAUCUUUAUAGAUACUCAAUAAGCCUGACAUUUUUUUUUUAAUUUUCUACUGCUUAAUUCAAGUUUUGUUUCUCAGGAUAAUCAGAUUUCUUAUUUUCUCAACAGGAAACAAGAAAAUCAGAGUGCUAGAGCCACAUUCAUCCUCUUGGGCUUCUCAGAAUACCCAGACCUCCAGGUGCCCCUCUUCAUGGUCUUCCUGACCAUCUACAUGGUCACUGUUGUUGGGAAUCUGGGCAUGACCUUAAUCAUCAGGAUCAACCCCAAACUCCACACCCCCAUGUACUUUUUCCUCAGCCACUUGUCGUUUGUUGAUUUCUGUUACUCUUCAGUAGUUACACCCAAACUGUUAGAAAACCUGGUUGUGGAAGACAGAACCAUCUCCUUCACAGGGUGCAUCAUGCAAUUCUUCUUGGCUUGUAUAUUUGUGGAGUCAGAAACAUUUAUGUUGGCCGUGAUGGCUUAUGAUCGAUUUGUAGCAGUUUGUAACCCCUUGUUCUAUACAGUUGCAAUGUCCCCGAAGCUUUGCUAUUUUUUGGUGGCUGCUUCCUACUCUUGGAGUAUAGUGUGCUCUUUGACAGCCAUUUACUUUCUGUUGACAUUAUCCUUCCAUGGUACCAACUUCAUAAACAACUUUUUCUGUGAGCUUGCUGCCAUUAUUGCUGUGUCCUGUUCUGACCCAUACAUUAGUCAGGAGAUCAUUUUAGUAUUGGCCACAUUCAAUGAAAUCAGCAGCCUGGUGAUCAUUCUUACUUCCUAUGCUUUCAUAUUCUUCACUGUCAUGAAGAUACCUUCCACUGGAGGACACCACAAAGCCUUCUCCACCUGUGCCUCCCACCUAACCGCUAUUACCAUUUUCCAUGGAACCAUCCUUUUUCUCUACUGUGUACCUAAUUCCAAAGGCUCAUGGCUCAUGGUCAAGGUGGCCUCUGUGUUUUACACAGUGGUCAUCCCCAUGCUGAACCCCCUGAUUUACAGCCUUAGGAAUAAAGAUGUGAAGGAGACAGUUAGGAAGUUAAUCAAUACCAAAUUCUUCUGUUUUAAAAUCUAAAUCUCUAAAUAUUUAG